UCAGCGAAUCGCUGUGGUUGCUACUGAAAUGGGAAUAAUUUGUUCUGGAACUGGUUUGAGCCGUCUACUGUUUGGCCUGGUAUUUCUGUUCAGCGCCACUGCCGAUGAAAGGGUUCAAAGUUCCCGCAUUUUGGCCGUGUUUCCCUUUCCCGGCCGAUCGCAGUACAUAUUUGCCGAACAGUAUCUAAAAGAACUGGCUAAAAGAGGUCAUAAUGUAACCGUUAUCAAUACAUUUGGCGGUGAUAAAACCGAACCCAAUUUUCGGGUAAUUGGUGCUAAAAAAAUUCACGAAAUAAUGGCAGCAUUUGGAAAUAUGGACUACAACCAAUCGGCAAGUAAAUGGAAAGUCUUGACAAUGACGACGGAGUUCCUGAAUCUUUUGACCACCAGUGUUUUGGAUGAUCCAGCUGUAAAGGAUUUGUUAAAAAGUAGGGAGAGUUUUGAUUUGGUUAUCAUGGAAACGGUUCAAAACGAAGCUCUCUUCGGGUUAGCCCAACAUUUUGGUGCCCAGACCAUAGGAAUCUCAUCAUACGGAACAGAUACUCACAUCGAUGAGUUGAUGGGCAAUAUAUCCCCAUUAUCCUAUAAUCCCAUGUUGCUAUCAUCGCGAACAGAGCGAAUGGAUUUCCAGGGUCGGCUGCGAAAUGUGGUGGAAGCUUCAAUAAUGUGGCUGCACAAAAGGAUUGUUCACCUUCCCACUCAGCGGUAUUUGUAUGCGAAAUACUUUCCAACUGCCAACAAAUCGUUGGAGGAAGUUUUGGAUAGCUUUUCACUAAUGCUGCUGGGUCAGCACUUUUCGCUAAGCUAUCCACGUCCCUAUUUGCCCAAUAUGAUCGAGGUGGGGGGUCUGCACUUGCAACAGCAGCGAAAGGUUCAGCCCUUACCGCAAGAAUUAGCGGAUUUUGUAGAGAAAUCUGAUCAGGGAGUAAUAUAUUUCUCCAUGGGUUCUAAUAUCAAGAGCGCCGAUUUACCGCCAGCCACUCGUCAAGUUCUAAUGGAUACGUUUGCAGGUCUGCCCCAACGGGUUUUGUGGAAAUUCGAGGAUGAUCAGCUGUCGGAGAAGCCAUCAAAUGUGUUUAUAAGCAAGUGGUUUCCUCAACCGGAUAUCCUGGCCCAUCCGAAUGUGAAACUAUUCAUCACCCACGGUGGUUUAUUGAGCACCAUCGAGAGUAUUUAUUUUGGAAAACCAGUCUUGGGUCUGCCAGUUUUCUACGAUCAGCACUUGAAUGUUCAGAGGGCCAAGCAGGCGGGCUAUGGUCUUAGUGCGGAUAUAUGGAGUACCAAUGCCACAGAACUCAUUUCUCUAAUCCAGGAACUGCUGAAUAAACCCAAUUAUGCCGCAGCAGCUCAGAUUAAGUCCAAAUUGUUCCGAGAUCAAAAGGAAACUGCUUUGGAGCGAGCCAUCUGGUGGACCGAAUAUGUUUUGAGGCACAAGGGCGCCAACCACUUAAGAUGUGCCUCCCGGGAUCUGGACUUUAUCCAGUUUCACGGUCUGGAUACCUGGGGUCUGAUCAUCACAAUCACUUUUGCGUCUCUACUGAGCUUUGUGACUGCACUGAACUACCUUCAAAGGGGUCUCAGUUAUAUCAUCUCAAAGCUCCGUAAGAGGUCUAGUAAAUUGAAGACCCAGUAACCAAUUAAAUUCCAUUAACUAGUCGAGUUUAUGCCGCCACCGAUCUUUAUAUACAUUUGAAAUUAUUUGUUUUGUUAUAAGCACUUAUAAGUACUAAUAUUAAGUAUCUAUGUAGUUCCAAUUGAAAUAUAUAAAAUGAAGACAA